UUGCAUUUUGUCCACUUUAUUGGAAACAUCAAUAUGAAAAGUUCGGUAGUAGUUUCGAUAUUGAUUCUAUCAAUAUGCUUCGGUUCGACAUUUUCGUCAAAUAUUCUCUGUCUCUUCACUACAACUGGAACAUCACAUCUUAUAAUUCACAUGGCUAUUGCUAGAACACUGGCUGAUAGAGGUCAUAAUGUGACUGUUGUAACAAUAUUACCUCUUAAGGACAAAAAUCCAAAAUAUCAUCAUAUCUAUCUACCACCUUCGGAAGAUGAAUUUGCUAAAUAUAAAAACAUGUUGAGUACAGCAGGAGCGGAAAGAAAUUGGUGGGAUGCAGCUAAACAUCUUUUUUUGGCCAACGUUGAACGAAUUCGAAUACAGGAUAAAGCAAUCAAGGAUAUACGUUUUCAAGAACUAUUAAACAAUCCGGGAAAUCAUUUUGACACUGUGAUUUUAGGAAUUGUAUUUAAUACCUAUCUUAUUGGAGUGGCCGCUCAUUUCAAGUGUCCGGUUAUUCUUAGCUGGGUAAAUCAACCAAGUCGGGAUUUAUUGGGCUUGGCUGGAAGUCCUUGGGCAAUAUCAAGUGUUGCUGUUUUUGGUGGUGGAUCAUCGAAUAUGGUUCACUUCAACUACAGAUUUAAGAAUAUGCUAUUUGCAGCAUUUUUAGUUGGUAUUGAAGAAUUUGCUGAAUAUCAAAUGGUGCAAUAUUAUGAUGAUCAUUUUCCUGCAGAGAAAUAUCCUUCUUAUGGAGAUAUGAGGAAGAACAUAUCGCUUGUUUUUAGUGCUACACAUUUUAGUGAAGGAAGAAUUCGCCCUUUGACGCCAGGUUUUGUAGAAAUAGGAGGAAUUCAGGUGAAGGAAAAACCAGAUCCACUACCGACGGAUAUUGAAGAAUUUCUGAAAGAUGCCAAUGAAGGUUUCAUUGUCUUCAGCUUGGGUACAAAUGUCAAGACCAACGAUUUCUCAUCAAAUGCAACUUCAGCAAUUUUCAAAGUUCUUUCGCAAUCGAAAUACAAAGUUCUGUGGAAAUGGGAUAGUAUUGAUCCUCCUGGAAAAUCCUCCAACAUUAUGUUCAGAAAUUGGUUUCCUCAAGAUGAUCUUCUAUCACAUAAAAAACUAAAACUAUUCAUUACUCAUGGCGGCAAAGGAAGCUUAGUCGAAGCUCAAUAUCAUGGUGUUCCAAUGUUAGCUAUCCCAAUUUAUGGAGAUCAGCCUAUGAAUGCUAGAGAACUUGUCAACAUGGGUUACGGUUUAAUAGUGAAUCAUCAAAAUGUGACGGAAGAAAGUUUUCGAAAUGAUUUCUAUGAAGUUCUUGAAAAUCCUAAAUAUUUAGAAACAAUUUCAAAGUUUUCAAACUUGUUUAGAGAUCGACCAUUGUCACCGAGGGAGAGUGUGAUUUAUUGGACGGAAUAUGUUAUAAGACAUCGUGGAGCCAAACAUAUGCAGAGUCCAGCUGUUCAAAUGAGUUUUCUACAGAAAAAUAGUCUUGAUAUUUUAGCUGUUUUAGUAUUAGUUUUGUAUUUAAGUUAUUGGGUGAUUAGAAAAGUAUUAAAGGUAGUGUAUGCAAUGUUCAAAGUGAUAUCAAAUAAGAAAUUAAAGUCUGAAUAA